GUUCCCACAGUUGUCUUGGAGACUGUGCUCAGAAUGUCAAUUUAUUUCGCUGCAGCGCUGCCAUGACAACCGCGGAGCUGCGUUUGAGCGCUCGUGGCUGAAAGACGAAGAUACUCGAUGCUUGUUUCCAGGAGUUUUUGGGGGAGACGUUUGCUGUCGGUCGCGACUCUGGUACAGCUUUCAAAAAUAUCAAGAAGAGCCAGACCUCCUGCUGCCUCUCGGCUAUUUAUGCACCUCUCGCACGUGCACACGUUCAAGGUUGAUAGAGAGGUGCACGGGCCGGUCUGAAUACAGGAAGUGACAUCAUCAGCGGCGGAGAGGUCGCCCUCCUCUGGACUUGAAUGGCAAGGACAGGGGAGCCUCCUGCUGUAGAGGAAAGACUGGGACACUCAGCUCUCUGAUUUCAGCAGGAUGAACAGCAGAGGAGUGUGGAUAAGAUGACACAGACUUGCAGUCUCUCCCUCUCUCUCUUCGCUGGCUGGUAGGGUCCAUAGAUUGAUUACACUAAUGUCAUUUUCAUGCUGUGUUGUUCUUCUGUUGUUUUAGGAUACAUGCACAUUCCUUCUGCUUCACCUUGGUGUUCUCAUGAGCUUGAAUAAGGAUUCCCACACAUCCAACAUCAUUCCAGAGUCCAUCUGAUGAGAUUUAGUCACCACGGUUCUCCACUCCUUUCCUCUGUAAGUUGACACCACUGCAGGGACACUUCAUAAUCUCCCUGUCGUCAGCUGUAAUCUAAGGCUCUUAGCUGCUUGCAUUUACACAUGCCACACAAACAAACACACACAUGUGACAGUUACUAAGACUCAGCAGCUUCUAAAAGUGUUUCUUUUAAAUGAUGGUUUUUCCUCCCAUAGGCCACCUGCAUAAUAUUGCAGUUUCUUGCACAAAGGCACCAUGGGAAACAUAGUCCAGUGCUGUCACUCACUGUCAAAAUACUUUAAGUGUAAGGAUGCACCGGCCCCGGGUGAGGCGGAAAGAUCCCCUCUGCUUUCCAGCGAAGAGAGUGAAUGUGAAUUGCCCAGCAUGCCGGACGACUUGGAGGACGAUCUGUUAACCAUCUCCCCCGGCGGGAAAUACCCAGCCCUCGAACCGGAGCACUUCCUGUUUCCUGACAUCAUCCUCAGCAGCAACCUGGGAGGGGAUGUGACUCUGGUGGAGCCGAUGGUGUGUCUGCUGGUGUCUGAGGAGGAAGAGGGAGAAGGACAAGAGAGGAGCAACAGGUGGAGGAGCAGGGGGUUUUCGGAGGUUGAGACACAGACCGAAGUGGAGACACAGAUCGGUAUGGGGGUGCAGACUCAGACAGAGUCCCAGGCAGACGUUCAGGCACAGACAGAAAUACGCGUGUGCAAUAAUCAGACUGUGGAGAGAGAAGUAAACACACUAAGAGAUACUGGAGCUUCAAAAGAGAUGGCUGUGCAAGAACAUGAAAUACUGAGCUAUACCAAUACCAAGCUGAUGGAGGAGUUGAACACUGAUGAAGGGAAUGUCUUUAAGUUGCAACAGACAACUUUUGCUGCUCAGGAAAACACCGACUUUGUCCGGACAGAGCCGACACAGGAGAAAGUUACAAAAUCCGAGUGCACCUCAGUGAUGCCGACUGAACACAACAACUAUACGGACGGGAACACUGAGUCACAGACGGAAGUUCAGCUGACGAAACGCAGCAUCAGCAGCACUGAAGUUGGGGUGAACUUUGACCCUGCUGAGCGUGGCGUGGACCUGACUCAACAGAGUUAUGGGGAGGAUGAACAGACGGGACAGCCGACUGUGGCGUCAGAUCAGAAUGUAAACGAAAAGGUCUGUGACGUUAUCCACACGAAUACAAACAUGAGUCCGUCUGAGGACCCCACAGACCGGUCAGAUUUAAAUGCGGAUCACAUUCAGUGCCACGACCCGGUGAAGAGAGAAGAGGACGACGACAUCAAGACCCCUCCGCCACAUGAGGAGGAGGAGGAGGAGGAGGAGGCCGAGACAAAGCAAACCUUGUUUUUAGUUGACAGGCUAUUUCUGGCAGCUCCACAUGUUAAAGCGCCUCCAAGUCAAGAAAGCCCCGAGGAUGAUUGCCCGCAGCAGUGUGACGCUGACAAAAGGAAACUCAGCAUCGGGGACGUCGUCGCUCUCCAAGAGACAGACUUCACUGUCCGGAUUCAACCUCCUGGAAAAGAGAGUUUUGAGCUUCAGGUGUCAGGCCAGAUGUUGGUAGCCGAGCUGCACCAGGUGCUGAUGGAGCACGAGAUCAGCUGCCAUUGCACGUGCUUCUCCCUCCAGCUGGGGGGCAUCGCGCUCGACAGCCUCUCAGAGCUGUGCUCCGUUCAGGGCAUCCAGGACGGAGCGCAGAUCAAGGUGGUGGAGGAUCCUUACACUGUGCGUGAUGCUCGUCUUCAUCUCAGACACGUCCGUGACCUUCUGAGGAGCCUCGACCCAGCAGAUGCAUACAACGGAGUGAACUGCAGCUCACUCUCUUACCUCACCUGUUACACCAGGGGAGACAAGGACAGUGUCAGCGUGGGGAACAGGCGAGCUUCUGAAAAGGAGUCUACUGACUGCAGCCCUCCAGAAUACAUCCUCCCGGGAUGUAAGGACCGACCACUAAUACCACUGCAGCCACUCAGAGAUGACUGGAAGCCAUUUCAGUGUCUGCGGGUUCUGACCAUGAGCAGCUGGAACCCUCCUCCAGGAAACAGGAAGAUGCACGGCGACCUAAUGUACCUCAAUGUCCUGACUAUGGAGGAUAAAGAACUCAACAUUACAUCCUCUACUCGUGGCUUCUACCUCAACCAGUCAACUACCUUCAACUUCAACCCUAAACCUGCACUUCCCAAAAUCCUUUGCCACUCUCUAGUUGAGCUGCUGAGUCAAGUCAGCCCUGCUUUCAGGAAAACCUUCAGUGCCCUGCAGAAGAAGAGAGUCCAGCAACACCCUUUUGAGCAGAUCGCAGCACCUUACCAGGUGUUCACCUGGAUCGCCCGUCAUGGAGACCACACCCUCGACUGUGUCAGAGCGGAGGAGACGCACACCAGUCGCAUGGGCCAGGACGAGCAGACAGCUGGGCAGAGUCGGGAGUGGAACGAGGAGCUGCAGGGAUGCAGGGAACUCGCUAGGAACUCUCUUCGGGAGCGCCUGCACAGAGAGAGGAGCAUAUUCAAGACAAACAGUGACUUUGUUGCGGCUGCAACACGAGGCGCUGUAGCUGUUGUUGACGGUAACGUCAUGCCGUUGAACCCUGGGGAGGCGCCUCAUAUGCAGAUGUUCAUCUGGAACAACCUGUUCUUCAGCCUCGGGUUCGACAUAUCGGAGCACUACAGCCCACUAGGGGGCAACACUGCUGCUCAUGCUGCUGCCAUCUGUGACCUGAGGGGAGCACAGGCUUACGCGUCUGUAGACGUAGAGGGUCUUCACACACUUGGGACAGCUGUGGUAGAUUAUCGGAGCAUCCGUGUUAUCGCUCAGACCAUCGUUCCUGGGAUCCUGGAGAGAAAUCAGGAGCAGAGUGUUGUCUAUGGCUCUAAUGACUAUGGAAAAACUGUUUUUACUCACCCCAGGUUUCUGGAGCUUCUGGAUAAAACCAGUAAACCGCUCAGAAUCCAACGUCACCAGGUGCUCGAUCACAGCAACAGCUCAGUGGAGCUUUGCUCGGGCAUCGAGACCAAAGGCAUCCUGGGUAAUGACGGAAGACCCUACAUCUUGGACCUCCUCCGGACCUUCCCCCCUGACCUUAACUUCCAGUUCUCAGAGACGGAGGAGAGGAUGGAGGUGCAGAGGGAGUGCCAGAUCUUUGGUUACCCACAGCGACACCAUCACAGCCUGGCCAGCCUGAGACCAGAGCUGAUAGAGGCCUUCGUCCAGCACAGGUAUGAACUUUAUGGCAAGAUGGUGUCCCGGGAUCUCAUCCAAACAGAAGAACAAGCCAUGGAGCAGAGCGAAGAGCCACUCAGUGAGACGAGAAUUGGGGAUACAGCCACAUCCGGUGCUGGUAUGGAAUUACAGAAAAGAAAUGUGAUUAUGAAAGCUUGCGAGGCUGUCGGAUCAGUGAGUGACUCCUGCUUCGACAUUCGCUUCAACCCUGAUGUUUGCUCUCCGGGUGUUCGUUUCUCCUCAGAGUGUGUUGAGGAGGUUCAGAGGCAGAGGCAGUUGUUAUGGGACGUGGCUGCUUUUCUACUUUCCAAUCAGAUUCCAGCAGUGCUGAGGGACUGUCUCGACCACUCAGCAGUGCCGAUGGAUGGGGCGACUCUGACCUCAGUGCUACAUCAGCGGGGUGUGAACGUGCGAUACCUGGGCACCCUACUGAGGGAGCUGGACAAGGUGGAGGACAGAGGGAGACUCAGCCACGUACAGAGAAUUUCUAUCAGUGAAGUCAUCAUCAGAAGCGCAAAACACAUCUUCAGGACAUAUCUACAGGACGUGGAACCUGCAGCUUUCUCCGCUGCUGUCAGUCACUUCUUAAACUGCCUGCUGAGCUGCUCCUCCUGCUUCGCUGACUCCUGCUCAGAUGAGCUGCUCUCUCGCCGCAGGAGCCGACGUCGACGGAGCAACGGGAGUCGAGUCCCCUUGUUGACAGACAGUGUGUGGGCUAGACUGACCCCCAGUGAGCUGUGGGGCCGGAUCAGGACUGAGGCUGGAGAUUAUUACCACUACACGAUAGACAGUGAAAGUAUAGAUGAAGUAAUAAAAAAGCACAGCCUUCAGAGGAUCUCACUACUGAGAGAGAUUGCCAUCAAGACGGGCAUCCAGGUGCAGCUGAGGGAGUAUGUGUUUGAGUCUCGUCACAGGCCAGUGUUCGGUGAGGAGGAUGUUGUCAACAUGUUCCCUGUGGUCAAACAUCUCAAACCUACAGCGACAGACGCCACACGGCUUGUGCAACACGCACAGGUGGCAGUACAGCAGGGGCUUCUCAAAGAUGGCCAUGAAUUGAUCAGCCAGGCCCUGACUCUGUUCAGCAGCGUAUGUGGUGUCCUGCAUGAAGACGUGUGCAUGUGCCUGCGUCUCCUGGGACGGAUCUGCUACAUCCUGGGGGAGUAUGCAGAUGCGCUCAGCCACCAGGAAAAGGCUGUUAUGAGUAGUGAGAGAAUACAAGGUAUAGACCAUCCACAGACCAUCCAAGACUAUACUUACCUGGCUCUGUACUGCUUUGCUGGCGGCCGGCUUUCGACCUCCCUUCAGCUGCUGUAUCGCGCACGGUACCUCACCCUGCUUGUGAGUGGAGAAGACCAUCCACAAGUCGCACUGCUGGAUAGUAUGCUGGGUCUGGUGCUUCAUGGCUUGAUGGAGUAUGAGCUUUCCCUGAAGUUCCUACAGAAUGCCUUAAUGUCAACUUCAAAAUACCACGGUGCCACAUCCCUGAAACAUGCACAAAGUCAUCAUCUGCUUGCCACCGUGUACGAGAGCAAAGGGGAGUUUCGAUCAGCUCUGCAACACGAGAAACAGGCUUUUUUCAUAUAUAAGAGCCAGGUUGGGGAGAACCAUGAGAGUACGGCGGAAAGCUCAAAGUACCUGCAGAGCCUCACUCAGCAGGCUGUGGCCCUUCAGAAAGCCAUCAACCACAUCUACAGAAACACACCUGCCUGUAUUCCACCUCCGAAGUUUUCCACACCCAGCUUUCCCACAAUCCUUCAGCAGCUCAACCUGACAUGUGGAAUCAUUCUCGUUACCCUCAGUGCAAAAGAAUUUGCAGACCUGAGGACUGAAAUGAAAGGAAAGGAAAAAUUUCAAUGGGAGAGCUGGAAAAAGACUUAAGAACUGCAGACAACAACCCUGAACAAUGGACCAAAGGGACCGUUACAAUAGAGCAUCUGUGUAGUCAGUCAAACUCCUGAAAAUGGCCGUGGACAAUGAGCAACAAUGGCCAAUGAAAGCCUGGCUAAUUGAUGGUGGUAACAAGUAGGUUAGCCUACUUUGAACAACAAAUCCAAGACACAAACAGAUGCAGCAGUUUCUCUUUGGAGGAGGAGUUUGUUCUGCUGUUGAAGAGCCCUAUGAAAUAUGUGGGAUAUGACUAACAUAUGGAAACUCUUUUCCUAUUAUCAGAUAAAUGUAUAAACCCUCCACACUAAAUCUAAUUAUACUGCUAGAUGAAUAGACAAGCACAGUAUGUUAGGCCUACUUAUACUGAAAAAAACUAAACGGCAACAGUGUAGGCUACUCAAAUUUCUUACAUUUUUAAAUGUGUUGUCAUCCUGCAGUCCCCUGUGUGUCCACUGGGCUUCACAAUUGUGCCAGGGACACUUCUCACAACAUGAUAUUCCUAAAUUCAUCUCUAAUUUGUUAUUGUUUAAUCCAUGUUGUCAUUAAUAUCCAGGUGACUGUAGAGAAAUAAACAUUUGAGCAUCUUAUGUCUUCAUUCUACAAGAACACUUUGAAUUGUAUUGUUACAUUUCGUUGAGUUGGUCCACUGGCACCAAAUGACUAAUUGUGUGAUGAGUGAAUAUUAUUUGAGAUAUUACCCCAAAUUACUGCUAUUUUGAUACAAUAUAUUUUGCUUACAAUUGUUUAUCCGUAAAUGUACCCAUAUAGUACAUUUCAAAUGUGUUGGAGUUUUUGUUAUAGUUUCCUUGGAGUUAUUCCAAUCUUCACUAUCAAUAAAGCUUAAUGAUUCGUCUCAAAUUAGUGACAUCUUCACUACAGUCUGUCCUUCUGCUGCUCAUCUCAGUGAGAAACUUAUUUACAGUAAAAAUUGCUCAAAUUAAAACGUGGCUGUACAUAACAAUAAAAAAACAUCUU